GAAGAAGAAGAAGCAGGAAUCUAGCCUUGGACUCCGUUUGUCCAGAACUCGCAGCAGGAAUGACGGGCACCACGCAUUAUGCGCCGUACCGCCGUGCCGACGCCACGCAAGACAUCUUCAUAGUGGUCGGCUUCUGCAUGCUCAUGUUCCUCUCGGGCAUGGUGGUCGCGCUUAUGCUGAUCGCCGAAUAUGAGGACUACGUGCGACGCACCAAUCACACCACUGUCAAAAAGAACGCGCCGGAGCAUGUCUUGGAGCCUGCAAGCACUCGGACAUUUCUACUGGGAAAUCAUGGCCGCCUUAUGAAGCCCAGGAAAGGUGAAAGAGCAGCAGCGGCGGUUGGUUCGUUGUCUCACCGACAAAGGGCAAAGACGACCUCAGCACGCAGCCGAUCAACGAAGAUGCUUAUGGCGUGAUAUCAAUACGAAUAUCCCACAAAACGAGGACGUAGCUCCACCCACCGCCAACAGCGACUUCUAUAUGGCGAACAUAAGCGACAGAGAUGCGACCGCCUGUAUGAAUAAAGAUUACUUGCUCAACGUAUCAU